UUGGGUAUUACGUGGAGACGCAGAACGCUCCCCAAAGCUUCCAUUUUCUCUCUCAUACAAAGCACACACACUGUCCACCGUGCUAAGUGCUAGUCAGCUCCUACGCUGCUGCUACUGUCCGUUUCAAUUAGGGUUCUGCUCCUCUUCCAUUCACAGACACACAACCAUGAACCUCUUCAAGAAGAAAACCUCACCCAAAGAGGCUCUGCGGACAAGUAAGAGGGAAAUGGCGGUUGCAACAAGAGGCAUUGAAAGAGAGAUAGCAUCACUUCAGAUGGAGGAAAAAAAAUUGGUGGCUGAGAUCAAACAAACAGCUAAAACCGGAAAUGAGGCUGCCACUAAAAUCCUGGCUCGCCAACUUGUUCGAUUACGACAACAAAUAACCAAUUUGCAGGGAAGUCGUGCCCAGAUCAGGGGUGUAGCAACUCACACACAGGCAUUAUAUGCAAGCACUUCAAUCUCAACGGGAAUGAAGGGGGCAACAAAAGCAAUGGCAGCAAUGAACAAGCAAAUGGCACCAGCAAAACAGGCUAAAGUGAUUAGAGAAUUCCAAAAGCAAUCGGCACAAAUGGACAUGACGAUUGAGAUGAUGUCAGAAUCUAUAGAUGAAACUUUAGACAAAGAUGAAGCCGAGGAAGAAACAGAAGAGCUCACUAAUCAGGUUCUUGAUGAGAUUGGAGUGGAUAUUGCAUCCCAGUUAUCUUCGGCGCCAAAAGGCCGGAUUGCUUCAAGGAAUACCGAAAAUGUUGCUCCAAGCAGACCGCAGGAAUCCCAAGAUGUUGAAGAUCUUGAAAAGAGAUUGGCUUCUCUUAGAAGAUUAUAGAAGGACUAUAAAGAGAUCUGCUCAUUCAUGUGAAGAGGCUUGUAAAAUCGUUAAGUUAUAAAAAUAUAAAGUAUUGUAUCACUCUACUUAUGCGUAUUUUAUAAUUUAUAAGGGCUCUGGUGUGUGGAACUCUCAGCAGAAGUAUCAGUAGCUAAAAGCAUUUAUCUAAUAUUUAGACAUUUCAUAGAGAAAUAUGUGUAAUUUAUUUUGCAUUUUUUUUUUGUGAAAUAUUUUUAGAUGAAUUAUCACAACUUUGUUAUUGUGCA